GAUGACAAAAGGUUGUUUAUCUGCAUCUUCGAUAAUUUUUUGCUCAGAGUACAACAUUUUUCUAUUAGUUAUUCGUUAUUUUCGUAGUUAUUCUAUUUUAUUUAAAUGGAUUUUCCUGCUACACCAUCAAAUGCAUCAGAUAGCAACGACUAUUCAGGGGCAACACCUUUGCAAUUUGAUACAGCACAAGACAACAACAAAAGACGCAGUUCCUCUAGAUCAAUAAAAAGAAGACGUUUUGAUGAUGAACUUGUCGAGUAUAGCUUAGGCCUACCAGGGGCUUCGCUAGGUAAAAACGAGAAAAGAAUGCGAACACAAUCGUAUACUAGUAAUUUGCCCGAGUUUCCCAUUCUCGGAACUGCUCCAGUAACACCAGUUGCACCAACACAGGAACGACGAAGGGCUUCAAGUAAAAUUUCGGGUGGAGGAAGCUUAGUACGAAAGCCGCGACGCAAAGGACAACUUAGUCAAUUGUCGACCAAGGACUUGGGGAGAUGGAAGCCAACCGAUGAUUUGGCUUUGAUAUUAGGAGUACAACAAACAAAUGAUCUUCGUAUAGUUCACCGAGGAGUUAAGUUCUCUUGUCGCUUUACUGUGGGUGAGCUACAAUCACGUUGGUAUGCUCUGCUGUAUAAUGCUGAAGUGUCACGAGUAGCAAUUGCAGCAAUGCGCAACCUUCAUCCCGACCUUGUAGCAGCUGUCCAACAGCAAGCCUUAUACUCUACAGCUGAAGAGGAUUUACUGGGAACCUUACCUAGUAAUUCCCAUCCAGCUCCAGAGAAAUUCCAAGAGUUGUUAGAACAAAACCCACAUGUUUUCUAUCCUACACGGACUGCUAAAUCACUGAUGGCUCACUGGCAAUUGUUGAAACAAUAUCAGCUACUCCCCGAUCAAACUGUGCAACCAUUACCCAAAGGACAGAGUGAAAAUAUUGUCACAUUCUCUGAUGCAGAGGAAACAAUGAAUGAUUCAGAACUACCAGAUUAUAAAGAAGAUGGCAUUGACGCUGAAAUGCAACUGGCUGACAGGAUAGAAAAGAAAGACAUUCGGCUGCUGGAGAACUCGCUGUCCCGCUGGCAGGUGCUGGUGCAGUCGGUGGCGGGCGGCAGCGUGGAGCUCGACAAGAACACGCUGGCCGUGCUGCGCGGCCGCCUCGUGCGCUACCUCAUGCGCUCGCGGGAGAUCGCCGUCGGUCGCAGUACCAGAGACCAUACUAUCGACGUGGACCUGAGCUUGGAAGGUCCAGCCGCGAAGGUGUCAAGGAAACAAGCGACUAUUCGGUUGCGCAAUAGCGGAGACUUCUUCAUGUCCUCGGAGGGAAAACGACCGAUUUUCGUCGACGGCCGACCGGUACUACAGGGGAACAAAGUGAAACUUAAUCACAACAGUGUUAUCGAGAUCGCAGGACUACGCUUCGUGUUUCUGAUUAAUCAAGACCUGAUCAGCGCCAUACGACAGGAAGCCGUCAAAGUAAACAUACCUGUAUAAAUGAAACAAAUAAAGGAAAAAUUCGAAUAAAACUUUACCUUUUUUAUUUAGAACACAUUUAUUUGGUCAAUUUUAAACAAUUUUCAAAACUAGGUACCACUCGAAAACAAUAAUUCUAUUUAAAUGAAUCCCUCGCUCACCGUUCACUUGAUAUUAUGUAUGUGUGGAGCAAUAGUGAUAAUAUAACGUAUAACACGACACACUAUCACGUGCGUUACUGGCAUAAUAAGAUAUGCAUUAACAUUAAACGUCGAACGAAUACUUAAUAUUAAUUAAAAUUAGGUAUAACCGUAACCCUUAAUUAAAGUGCUUUAACCACAGUAAAAUAUUUAUUCAAUAACAAAUUCCCAACAAGUGCAGAAAACUCAACAAUCCACUCAACGGUGCGUAACAAACAUACUAAGAAAUAAAAGAUCAUUGAAUUUCGCAAUAAAUACACCCUUAUUUCAGUCAUCAGGACUCAUUUGAAAAUAACUUUAUGCUAACGUAUUUUAGCCUCUAAAUAAUAAUAUUUAUCGUUUUAUUAAUUUUUUUUAUAAAAAUUAACGGUUAAAAUUGCUAAAAUAUACACAACUCAAAUUAAUUAAAGUCAUAUUUUUAGUUAGCAAUAUCUUUGUACAUUUUGUAUUACAAUUAGUAACUUGUUUACACUCUACGAAUACCCACCUUAUAAAAUAAUAAUAGUAUAAAAUCUAUCAUAAAUUAAAACAGUCGUAUCCAACAUACAAACAGUUCUUAAAGUAAACUCUACUUACAAUUAUUUUCUUAUUAAUUACAU